CACAGAUUUGUUCCUCUGCUCUGUUGGCUGCAUGUGUCAUCGCUGUGAUAGUUUUUUUUCGCGUAUUAUUGACCCGAUUUUUAUACACUUUUAUUUAACUCGUGUAAUCAAAAAAUAAAGUAAAUAAUGUCCGGAGUAGAAUACGUAACCUCUCAAAGUUAGCGGUAUUGAGCAUCGCAAAGGUUUUUGUUUUUCUUUUUUUCUUUUGUGACAGUGAACAUGGGAAAGAAAAGAGGGAAAGAUAAGAGCAGCAGAGGGGACGAUGAAUUUGACCUGACAGGUCCGUCCUGUAGGCAUAUAAAGAAGGGGACAGAACAAACUCUUCUAAAGAAACUCAGUGGGAAUAUUGAAUUGGUUAGCUGCCAGGACUGUAAGCAUGAAGAAAAUGAAGAAGAUGAUAGCAACAGCCUGCCACAAGACUCUGAGGAGGAAAACGAAACAGCAACCGUAUGGAUGUGCUUGAAAUGUGGCCACAGGGGAUGUGGGAGACACAGUGAGAAUCAGCAUGCGAUCAAACAUUAUGAGACUCCGCGGUCAGAUCCACAUUGCCUGGUGGUUAGCAUGGACAACUGGAGUGUAUGGUGCUACAUAUGUGAUGAGGAAGUCCAGUACUCCAAAACUGGACAUUUGGCUCAGCUGGUGACCAAUUUAAAAAAGCAGACCACUGCAGAUUCUAUUAAGAGACCACAGAAAAGAGUGAAAGAGGAAGACGUCUCAAUGGAAGUUGAGCAAAAGACUGUGACUGUAAAUGCAGAUGAAAGUGAGGACAAGGAGAACAAAGAAAUCAAAGAAAUCAAGAACGACCAUAAGAAAAACCCCAAGAAGGAGAGUGUUGGGAAAUCACAGAAUUCGAGCAAAACUGAAGACAAAAGUGGCGUUUCAGUAAAAGGGCUGAGUAACCUGGGAAACACUUGUUUCUUUAAUGCAGUCAUUCAGAAUCUCUCUCAAACGCAGCUCCUAAGGCAAACUCUCAACAAAGUGACAGGAGAGAACAUGAAAAUUGACAUUAAUCCUGGUGCCUCCUCAGAUUUGGAGCCUGUUGUAGUGCAUUUAGAACACCCUGGAUCUCUGACUGUGGCUAUGUGUCAACUACUCAAUGAGAUCCUGGAAACAAAGAAGGGUGUGGUAACACCUCGGGAGUUGUUUACACAAGUCUGUAAAAAAGCUGCCAGAUUCAAAGGGUUCCAGCAGCAAGACAGCCAAGAGCUGCUACGCUACCUUCUGGAUGGGAUGCGUGCUGAAGAGAUCAAAAGAGUGAGCUCAGGGAUCAUGGAGGCAUUGAAACAGUCAAGGAAAAGCACAGAGGGAGAACAGCUGAAGACAUUAGUUAAGGAGUAUGAAAAACACUCGUCUCCAAAAAACUUUGUGGACCAAGUGUUUGGAGGGGAGACGACGAGCACUAUAAUGUGUCAGCAGUGUGAAACGGUUUCUGUCGUCACAGAAAUGUUUUUGGAUCUCUCUCUUCCUGUUUCUGAUGAGACAUAUAGAAAGAAGAACCAGAAAAAAGUAAUCCAGAGGACUAGCGAGUCAAGCCAGGAUGGGAGAAACAGCCCUCUGACCAAUGGAAAUGAGGACGCUUCUGUUGGAGGAGGUAGCAAGUACCAGCAGAAGAAAGCCAAGAAGCAGGCAAAGAAGCAAGCAAAGCAUCAAAAGAGGCAGCAGAAGUUUGAGGGCAGGGUCACUCUGGACACUCUGGCAACUCCGAGCAAUGCAGAGGAUGAACAGACCGAUCCUUCUGCAGAUUCAGAUGCAGAUGUAGAGAAAAAUGGUGAGAGUGAGACAAAUGAAGGAGUCUUAUCGAGUGAAGGAAACUCUUCACCAAGUGCUAAUCAGGGUGCACAGAACCUGGACACUGACCAGGGUGAGAAAGAAAUUGAAGAGGAUGUCAAUUCAGAAACCGUCAACAACCGUUUCACAGUCUUAUCAAAUGAGCAGGACUCAAAGGACAGCCUCUUAAACAAUGACAUGGAGCAGGAGGGAGAAGAUGAGGCACAGCUGGUGAAUGAGAUGGAGAAAGUUACUCUUGACAAUGCCUUCAUAGAGGAUUCCGACUCUGUGGAACAGAGUGAGGAAACUGACGAUGAGCCACUGGAGAGUAAAGAGUACACUGUAGUAAACCAGGAUCCAGAAUUGGCCUUCCAAGCUCUGGCCACGAGAACAUCCCCAGAGAAACAGGAGUGUUCAGUACAGUCAUGUCUAUUUCAGUUCACAGAGGUGGAAACGCUCACACAGACCAACAGCCUGCUGUGUGUCACUUGCACUAAACGACAAGGGAACAAAGACAAAGCUGCGGGAUCCAAGAAGAACGUCUACACAGAUGCCUUGAAGCAAAUGUUGAUCUCCUCUCCUCCACCAGUGCUUACCCUUCAUUUAAAGAGAUUUCAACAGGUAACAGCAGUUAUAUUGAUUGGGUACAGUAUUUGUAAGGUGAACAGACAUGUCCAAUUCCCCCUGAUACUGGAUCUCGCUCCUUUCUGUGGCGUUAAAUGCAAGAACAUGACAGAAGGAGACUCUCAGAUUGUGUACAGUCUGUAUGGUAUUGUGGAGCACAGUGGAACAAUGAGGUCCGGUCACUACACAGCCUACGUGAAAGUUCGACCUGAGUGCCCCAAAUCCACAACCAAUGGGCUUUCAGUCGAAGGAAGAGAUCCAUCCAGUGGAUCCUGGUUUCACAUCAGCGACACCAGCGUUACGCCUGUGAGCGAGAGCAAAGUCCAGAGUUGUCAAGCCUACCUCCUCUUCUAUGAAAGGAUCCUCUAAUAAAAAUAUACCUCACUACUCAGGAAAUCUUAACAAGCCAACCCUCUCCCGCUGUUGCCUCAGCUUCCAUGGAUGUCGACCAACCGCCUGUUUUAUCAGUGACUGAAACUGGGGUGUGAUGACAUUAAACUGAUUAUACACAAUGGACGUUUGACAAUGCUGACAUUUUCAUCACUUUUGUGUUUGAUGGUUUUCCAGGUCCCAAAAAGAACAACUGUAUGUAUCUCACACUUGUAGUAAUAGGACAAGGUGAGGUAUUAAAGGCCCAGUGUGUAAGAAUUAGAUGUGACUGCAUCUUUUAACAAACAGAAGACUCCUCUUUUCCAUGUGUCAGGGAAUCAUGGUGGCCUUCACAUAUUGGAAAGGAUUUUCUUUUUUCAUUUUCAUGGCAAUAAUGGUUUGUUAUUGCAUUAUUAUUAUUAUUAUUAUUACUAAUGGUUUGGGUUGCCAUAGAAACAAAAAUGGAAGCCUCUAUUAAACAAGGCCCUCCACAAAAGUACAUGUGAAGGGCUUAUUUUAAGAAACCCCCCCUCAAUAAAUGUUUUGUUUACAAAUAUACUUAUUAGUAUUUUAUUGCAUUUAUGCAAUUACACCCUCCUGUGUGUUACACACUGAACUUUUAAACUAAUUAUGGACAAGGUUAACAAUUUUAUUAUAUAAGUAUUUUAGGUCCCACACAGAACAGAUGUAUUUGUCUAUCACUCAUGGGACAAGGUGGGGCCUGGAAGUCGAGAUUCACAUUUAAGAUAUUGUGAUAAUUGAUUUACCAAUUUCAGAAUAUAAAUCGAAAUUGAUUUAUUCAAUAAAAUAUUUAUAUGUUACUUUUUAACACAAUAAAGACGGGAAUGCUCCCAAAAGACCCUC